AUGUCCAGUCCCGAUGAUAGUGACCAUUCGGAUUUGGACUUAUUUACUGCGGAUGAUGCAGGCGACAUAUCUUCCCAUACGCCUCGAAAUGCGAACUUCAAGACUUCGGGACCUUCACCCUCUCAAACACUGUCUUCAGGCUCAGCCUCGAAUCAAAUUCCCCAGCACCCCCCGAUAGACCGGCCACCAGUGAACACCCGCAACCGGAAUAUUGACCCUACAGUUCCUCCUUUUGUGUCAGAUGAAAACGAUGAAAAGGAACCAGGUCCACCAGACUGGUAUGUCGAAGGACCCGGCCGUCGAGUGGGUUAUGACGACCUUACCGCCAUCGACUGGAUCUAUGAGUACACCAAGGAAAGACAUCGGCUGAGAAAACUGCUGUCUGGCAGUCAAGGCUUGGUCGGAAACCUCCGACAACUAUUUGAUGCUAGCCAUGUCUGGGUGGUUCUUGUCGCAACAGGUGUUUCUGUUGGAUGUCUUGCCGCAGCCAUCAACAUUGCGUCGGACUGGCUUGGGGAUAUCAAGACCGGUUAUUGCAAGGCCGGAGUGGACGGAGGACAGUUCUACCUAAACAAGCAAUUUUGUUGUUGGGGUCAUGAUGAGUUCGCUCAAUGUCAGGAUUGGACUCCAUGGCCAGUAGCAAUGGGUGUCGGGCCUGCUGGAGGCCAGUACGUGAUCAGUUACAUAUUCUUCAUUCUAUUCUCGAUCCUCUUUGCCGUGUCUGCGGCCCUUUUGGUCAAAAAUUACUCCUUGUAUGCCAGGCACAGUGGUAUACCGGAGAUCAAGGUUGUACUCGGCGGCUUUGUUAUAAGACGAUUCCUUGGUGGUUGGACAUUGAUUACAAAGUCAAUCGGCUUGUGCUUAGCGGUUGCUUCAGGCAUGUGGUUGGGUAAAGAAGGUCCCUUUGUUCAUCUUGCCUGUUGUUGCGCCAACAUCAUCAUGAAACCAUUCGACUCUUUGAGUCAAAAUGAAGCGCGAAAGCGUGAAGUCUUGUCAGCUGCUGCUGCUUCUGGAAUUUCCGUGGCUUUUGGCUCUCCUAUAGGUGGAGUGCUCUUUUCGUUGGAGCAGCUCUCAUACUAUUUUCCCGACAAGACAAUGUGGCAAUCAUUCGUCUGCGCAAUGGUGGCAGCCGUCACCCUUCAAGCUCUGAACCCUUUCCAUACGGGAAAAAUUGUCCUGUAUCAGGUCACCUACUCGGAAGCAUGGCACAGCUUCGAGAUUGUUCCAUUUGUACUGCUCGGUGUCAUUGGUGGCAUUUACGGCGGUCUGUUUAUCAAACUGAACAUGCUCAUCGCUCGACUACGAAAAUCACAGAGUUAUCCUCUCCGAGAGCGACCACUUCUGGAAGUUCUCAUCGUCGCUGCCAUCUCUGCAAUUGUCAACUAUCCAAAUCUAUUCAUGCGCGCCCAAUUAUCAGAACUUGUCUACUACUUAUUCGCAGAAUGUGCAAGUAUAGGUAACAACGAUAUCUUUGGUCUCUGCAAAGUUACCACCGCAGGAUCGCUAGCAAUGGCAUGGCUAUUGAUUGCAGCUGCAUUACUUGGAUUUCUACUCGCCAGUUUAACUUUUGGUCUACAAAUUCCAGCCGGUAUCAUACUCCCAACGUUGGCUAUCGGAGCGCUGUAUGGUCGAACGAUAGGUGCGUUAGUGGAACUUGUACACAGGAACUUUUCAACCAGUGUACUCUUUUCUGCUUGCGAACCUGAUGUACCUUGUAUCAUCCCAGGAACUUACGCCAUUGUCGGAGCUGCUUCAGCUCUGGCCGGUGUUACACGGAUGACGGCAUCGAUCGUCGUGAUUAUGUUCGAAUUGACAGGUGCUCUGACUUAUGUACUACCUAUCAUGGUAUCUGUCAUGCUUGCCAAAUGGAUUGGCGAUGCUUUCAGUACGCGAGGUAUCUACGAAAGCUGGAUCAAUUUCAAGGAAUAUCCAUAUCUUGAGAACAAGGACGAUACUCAGAUGCCUCAUGUUGCGGUCUCAAAUCUUAUGACAAGGGUAGAGGAGAUGCAUUGCUUAGAUGCUAAUAAGAGCCAUACCGUGGCGAGCCUACAGAAGACUUUGAGAACGACCACCUUCCGUGGCUUCCCCGUGGUGGCCUUCAGAAAAACCCACGAUGACAGUUCUGCGGGCGAAAUAACAAGGCCGGACUCUCCAAGAGGCAACACCUUCUUGGGGUACAUUUCACGAGUCGAACUUACAUUUGCCCUGGAUCGAAUGACAAAGUCAAACACCCAAAUUGACCGGCCCGGCGGAGACAUUAUUACACCCGAAACGCCUUGCUAUUUCGUUUACCAUGCCGAUGUGGGUGCUUCGAGAGGUGUAGAUUUGAGGCCCUGGAUGGAUCAGACGCCAAUAACGCUCAAUGCAAACAGCUCACUCCAGUUGACUGUGAGCAUGUUCCAAAACCUUGGACUUCGAUAUUUACUCUUUGUUGACAGGGGGGCCUUUCGAGGCAUUCUCACGAAAAAGGACGUAUGGUGGAUUUUGUCGGCAUCAAAGGAACGGCAAAAGUCUGUUGACUUUGUCGCUGGUGCUGGAGCGCUCCGCGAAACUGCAGAUACAGAAGAGGAAGGAGAAGAAGAGGCCAGGGGACUUUUACAACAACAAGACACGGAGGAGACAAGCAGACACGCGAGACCAGGUUGA